CCUCCUUACCCAGUCCGACUCUCCGAUUGGCCGGAACGGCCCGCCUCCUUACCAGGUCCGACCCUCCGGUUGGUCAGAACGGCCGUCCAUCAAUCGGUUAGUCGACGGGCCUCCUCGGUCGACGCAUUUCCUGUUCUAAAAGUUCCUGCAAAGCUCCCAGAGAGAAAGAAACACAGCCUUUCCCCUACUGCUCUCCCCACCAAAACAAACAAAACAAAACCAUCCCGGACGCGGAAUGAGAUGAAAUAAAUACUUUUAAAACGUGCAAGUGAACCCAGCCCACAAGCGACGCACCACCCUGUCCCUCCGAACGCCACUGGGCGACUGGCGGCCGGGCACCCGCGAGCGCGAGCCAACAACCUCCUGGAACCUUCCAGAGUCCGGUGACCGUUACUAUUAAAGCGAGGCUGCAUUGGCCGUUUUAUUUUCAAAAUAAAUUAAAAAAUAAAACACGUCUACGGGGGCCAAACAACUGUCAAGAAAAAAAAAAGAACCACUACGUUUUCUCUUCACCGUUUUUACCCCUUUCCCUGGUUAGAAACUGGACCCAUUGAGGAGCCUGGCGCGGAGCGAGCUUGGAGCGGACAAUGCCUGGGCAGCAGCCACAGAAAGACAAAGAAAAGGAAGAGGAGAAGGCUGAUGAGGAAAUGGAGCAGGAUUCUCCAGAGAAUGAGGAGAGCUCGGAUGAGGAGAGCGGCAGUACUUCUGCAUCUGAGGAGGAGGGCGAAGACAGCUCAGAAAUGGACGAUGAGGACUGUGAGCGGCGCCGCACAGCGUGUCUGGAUGAAAUGUCGGAUUUGGAGAAGCAAUUCACGGAUCUGAAAGAACAACUGUACAAAGAGAGAUUGAGUCAGGUUGAAGCCAAACUGGAUGAGGUGAUCGCAGGGAAAGCAACUGAGUACUUGGAGCCCCUGGCUGUCCUGCAGAAGAACAUGAAAAUCAGAACGGAGGUGGCAGGAGUAUAUAAAGAUUUGUGUUUGGAAGUAAUCAGAAACAGGUAUGAGUGUGAACUGCAGGGAGCUCGACAACAUCUGGAGAGUGAGAAGCUGUUACUGUUCGAUAACAUGCGGAAUGAGCUAUUGGAGCGAAUUCAGCGAUUGGAGGAGGACAAGCAAAGUAUAGACAUAACCUCUGAAUGGUGGAAUGAGGAGGUCCGUGGGAAACGGAACAAGAAGAAAUGUGACACCUUUAAACCAGAAAAAAAGAAGAAGGCAGCGACUGUGUCUGGGCCAUACAUUGUCUACAUGUUGCGAGACAUUGAUAUCUUGGAGGACUGGACUGCAAUUAAAAAGGCAAAAGCAGUUGUCGCCCAGCAAAAGAGAAAAUCAGAUGGUACAGGUACUGAAGCAGCCCAUGGUAAGAAGGCAAAGACCUCAUCUCAAGUGCUAAAUGACACAGCUCUACCUAAACAGGAAAAACAUUUGUACUUGGCCAAGUGUGAAGAUGGAAGAUUAUUCUAUGAGGGAGACUGGUACAGCAAGGGGCAGAGCAUCAUACUGGAGAUAAAGGAUGAAGCACCCUCACAUGCAACAAUUACGGCUGUCAGCACAGGAGAGGUCUGGCUCCGCAGGUUAGAUGGCAGCAAAACCAAAUUGUACGUCAGCCAGCUUCAGAAAGGGAAAUAUUCUAUCCACAAGGCAUGACCUUUGACAGGGACCCUCUACCAUCGAGGAAAAGCUUAUACCUGCAAAAACAGAUUAUAUAAAACGAAAAAGUACUUUUUGAUUAGCAGCCUUCUACCUGGGGUAUACGUGGAAGACUGGCACUAAGGAAACUCAGUGCAACUUCGUUAUGGAGCUUGGCAAAAUGAUUGCCAAAGUUUAAAGACCAUGAGCAAAUCAGAUUCCCACUUGUGCUUCUAGAGGGAACAAAGUUUGGCAAAACAACCAGCUUUGCAGAGGCUGGUUAAACAGAAGACCCACCCCCCCAACAUCCCAUGCCUCCUUUCCAGAUUGCUCAUAAAAUUCAUGAGUGGUGAAACCAAGAGAAUAUCUUAGCACUUUCUCUUAUCUUUUCUUUUGGUGACCUACUCUGCACUAAGACUCAAAUCUGUGUGUGGCAUGAACUACAGAGUAAUUAAAAAUACUAGUUGGAGCCUGUAUCCAAAUGGUGCUUUAUGAAUUUGAGUUACAUGGCAAAGCUCAACUGUGGAUACUGCUUGCAAUUGUACAGCACUUUUUAAAAACCGGACCGACUCUGAACUGGAGUCCUAAGCACUAAACCAUGGAGAUUGUGUAGAAUAAAAAGUUUAUUUCAAAUCUGUUGAAGCUUUAAAAAAUAAGACAUCUAUGAAAAUAAAUAUUUGACACGAA